AUGUAUCUAUAUUUAGACGAUCUUUCUUUUCUUUCUUUCUUUCUUCACUUAGUUUUACUUUCAUUCAUUCUUUCUUUCUUUCUUUCUUUAUUCCUUCUUUCAUUCUUUCUUUCUUUCUUUAUUCCUUCAUUUCUUUCUUUCUUUCUUUCUCUAAUUAGCUUUUCUUUCUUUCUUUCUUCACUUAGUUUUUCUUCCAUUUGUUUCUUUCUUUUCUUUCUUUCUUUCUUUUUCCUACAUUUAUUUCUUUCUCUUCUUUCUUUUCUUUCUUUUCUUUCUUUCUUUCUUCACUUACUUUUCUUUCUUUCUUCACUUAGUUUUUCUUUCAUCCCUUCUUUCAUUCUUUCUUUCUUUCUUUCUACCUUCAUUUCUUUCUUUCUCUACUUAGCUUUUCUUUCUUUCUUUCUUUCUUUCUUUAUUUAUUUCCUCACUUAUUUUUUCUUUCAUCCCUUCUUUCAUUCUUUCUUUCUUUCUUUUUUCCUUCAUUUCUUUCUUUCUUUCUUUAUCUACUUAGCUUUACUUUCUUUUCUUUUUUUCUUCACUUAG